GAAGCGGGGAACCGUGUGGCCCUGAUGCGAGGGGCUCUGUAAAGAAGAUGCAGAAACGCUCAGACUGCUCUUUGACCAUUUAAUACUGAGUGACACAAUGUAAUGUGACUAUUCAAACAGGUUUCACUGUUGCACUGUAAGAAGUCUUUGUCGAAUGAUUAAAAAUUUUUAUUGUUUGAACCCCUGGGUCUUGGUAUGCGCCAGUUUUCCAGGGCCGUGGCAGGAGCAACCGAGACGGAAUUAAAAGUUUGCAGGCUCUUUCCGCCCCCGCGGCUCGCGCCACAAGCUUUCCUGCAGCUGCGCACUGAUCGCUUCGGAUCUCACGGUGCCGCUGAUGGGCAUUCCAUCGCCUCCAAUCGUGGGGAGGAGGUGAUGGGAUCAACCAAUUGGAUUUCUUGGUGGGCGGGACAGGUGGUGCCGUUGUAUUUUGGCGGUUCGACUUUAACAUGGCGAACGCUAGCGGGAGUAACGUCGGCAGCAGCAGUGCCGAGGUGGUGGGAGGCGAGGAGUCAUCCCUGGCGGAGGGGUCGUCAACCGCUCACAUCCCGAAAGUGAAGCUUCUGGACACCGUGGUGGACACUUUCCUUCAGAAGCUAGUGUCUGCCGGGAGUUAUGAGCGAUUUGCCAAGUGUUACAAGCGCUUCUACAAACUUCAGCCUGAAAUGACACGACUAAUUUAUGACCAGUUUAUAACUCAGUUGCAGACAUCCAUCCGGGAAGAAGUUUCCACAAUUAAGGAAGAAGGAAACCUAGAAGCUGUUUUGAAUUCCCUUGAUAAGAUUGUGGAGGAGGCUGAGGACCGAAAGGAGCCAGCAUGGCGCCCCAGUGGGAUUCCUGAAGAUGAUGUGCGCAGUACGCUGAUACCCUACUUCUUACAGCAGCAAUCGUCCCUGAAGCGACUGGUCCAGGAGCAGGAGAGGGAGAAUGUCAAACUGGCUGAAAUGGUCCUGGAAGGGCGGAAACAGGUGCUAGAGCUACAGCAGCAGAUCCAGGCCCGGAAGCAAGCUUGGCAGAUGCUCACGCAGGUCCCCAAGACUCUGGCAAAAGAACAGGCCCCCCAACUCCUGCUGCUGUCCCGCCUCCUGUCCUCCUGUCCCACCUUUAGGCAGACUGCUCUGAGGCUCAGCUGGGAGCCUCCAUUCUCAGCCUUCUACUUGACUGGGUUGAGGAGAGGGAGUCUGCUGCAGACAUUGGUUCCCUUCCUCUGGGCUGGUGUGGUAGAGAUGGCCAGCCACUGACCUCUCUCCUGCUCCCCAGCCUUUGCCUCCAAGCGUGAGAGCAGUGAGCUGGUGAGGAGACCCAAACGCUACCUGUACCACUGGCAAGGGUUUCCUGCUCCCUACCUUGACCCCUUGGA